GUUUAAUCUGGGAGUGUUUGUUUUGCAAGUGCUGCCUUUGGUUUUUUUCAAGGAGUAGUUGCAUUUGGAAGCUAGGAAUAUACAUGUUUGCGUCGCAUUUGCGAUGGUAACUGGUUUCAUAGCUGUGACCCAUGAAUUCCUUCUUGUUAGAUAUUGGAGAAUUCCUUGGUUUUAGGAAGGGUAACGUUUAGUUACGUGCUACCAGUUCUUCAAGGAUCGACACUACUUGGAUAAAGAAUGGGGAAAGUACUUUGAGGGUCAAGGAGGUGGGAAGAUGGUGAUUUUGGAGGUUGGAUGUGGAGCUGGAAAUACAAUAUUUCCAUUGAUUUCUACAUACCCUGAUAUAUUUGCUCACGCGUGUGAUUUUUCUCCUCGAGCUGUUGACUUAGUUAAGAAACAUAAGGACUACAGACCUGACCGAGUAAAUGCAUUUGUAUGCGAUAUUACAUCAGAUCAACUAACUGAGAAUGUGCAACCUUCCUCUGCUGAUGUUGUAACGAUGAUCUUUAUGCUUUCUGCAGUUGCACCUGCUAAAAUGCCUUUAGUUCUUCAGAAUGUUAGAAAUGUUCUGAAAAAUGGUGGCCGUGUGCUUUUUCGGGACUAUGCUUUCGGCGACCUUGCACAGGAAAGACUUAUGUCUAAAGGCCAACAAAUAAGUGAGAAUUUCUAUGUCAGAGGUGAUGGCACGAGGGCAUAUUACUUUUCAAAUGAAUACCUGGUGGAUUUAUUCUCAACAUGUGGAUUUACUGUUGAGGAAAUUUGUGUGCACAACAAACAAGUUGAGAACCGUUCACUUGACUUGGUGAUGAACAGGAACUGGAUCCAAGCCACCUUUAUCCUUGGCUCAGCUGGUCUUCAAGGCCCAAACAGUCAUCAUGAUCCCCGUACUUGUGAAUAUAAAGAGGAUAAGCUAACUGCUAAUGCUCCUCAGAAGAUGAGCAAUAGUGAAGAAAUUGACCUUUCUGAGGAUUUUGACAAUAUGUUUGGAACUUCAUACAAUCUUGAUGAGGCACAAAUCAUUAGGAUCAAAGCAAAAGGUCAUGAAUUCAAAAUAAAAGUGCUCACGAAAGAAUACCAGCACACCUGCAAAUUAACUGGUCUAAUGCUCUGGGAAUCAGCUCAAUUCAUGUGCAGUCUUCUAGCUGAGAACCCUUCCAUUGUUGCUGGCAAAAGAGUGCUGGAAUUAGGCUGUGGCUCAGCUGGUAUCUGCUCAAUGGUUGCUGCCAGUGUUGCUCAGUUUGUUGUAGCUACUGAUGGUGAUGCAGAAUCUCUCGAUCUGCUUAGAGAAAAUACUGCCUCUAACUUGGAGCCUAAUUUUCUUGAAAGAAUUCUGAUUAGGAAGUUAUUUUGGGGCGACAGAGAUGAUCUGAAGGGAGUCAGAGAGCUUUCCAGCAAUCGAUCAGGUUUCGAUUGCAUAAUAGGAACUGAUGUUACCUACAACCCCGACGCUAUACGCCCCCUCUUCAAAACUGCUAGGGAACUGAUUUGUAACGAGGAUUCAGAGGCAGCACUUAUUCUUUGCUACAUUCAGCGGCGAGUUGACGAGGAUUCUAUCCUUUCUACAGCAGUGGCCCAGGGUUUCAGGCUUGUGGACAAAUGGAUAAAUGGAAUUCACGAGAGCAACGGUAUCAUUAGCUCUUGGUUCUGUAGUAAUAAUGUUUGCAGUGCUUUCAGGAAUGCAACGCUUUCCAUACUCUAUUUUCAGGUGUGAAACAUUGAUGUUCAGCUGUAUUUCAUGCUGCGAUUUUUCCCCAUACUGUGUACCAGAUGAAAGAUUUUGUGGAAAUUAUAUUGUUGAAGUAAAAAACUUCCU